AUGAAGGAACGCAAACCUUUCAGCAAGACUACCUUGCCACCCAAGUAUGCGGCCCUUCCCCUCCUCACUCAGCUCUGGCUUCAGUCACGCUUGGUUGCGCCAGAAGACGACCCCAAGUUCCGGAAGGCCGGCUACCCUCGCCCUCUCAACAAGGCCAACGUCCUGAUUGCAGUAGACAUUCUCCGCAUUGUCGUCCCGCGCCUGUGGGCCGAUACCAACCGCCAGCAGAAGUUGCGCUGGGCCAUCCACCUGCUGUACAUUGUCCUGAAGGGUGUUAUCCCAGUCGUAGGCGUCAUGGCCACCGCAAAGCUCGAGGACAUUACCGCAAAGACACUCAGUGACCCUGGCUCUGUCCUGUGGAGUCAAGUUGCCAUUGCCGCCCUCCAAGACAUUGUCAUCAACAACCUGGAUGGGGUGGGCAGGAGGAUAUUCCAUAAGAACAAGCGCCAAAUCCAUCAUGAAAUGAAUGUCGCAGUGCGGUACGCUUUUCUCGACACGCAACUGUCAUCCUCCAUCUCCGAUGCCACCGACCCAUUCACCAUGUCCAUGUUUGACGAGGCUGCCAUCCUCACUGGAGGGUAUGCGGCCCAGGUCAACGGCAAGGAGCUCCGUAUGUCCCCGGCCGACAUUAUGGGCAUCUUCGAAUCGACUGUCAGUCGCUCUAUAAGGGUCGUGGGCCAGUUUGGCCUUGUUGUUCGCGUCUUCCGCCGUCUCAUGGCAAAGCGAGGCAAAAUGAUGCGCAAGUCGGCCACUACAGAGUCGGCGCUCAAGCAUUGGCUGACUAUCGCCGCGCUCGUCACGUUUGGCGUCUUCCCGUCUGUCGCUAGCUGCGCCGAGUACUACAUUUGGGCCACCGAGGACGGCCGCCAGGAGGCCAAGCAGGAACGAGCCGAACGUCGACCUCGCAUGAGCAAGUCGAGACUGGAGGCGUUUGCGUAUGGUGAUAAGAAGCAGGAGGUCAUCCUCUUUGGACUCAAAGACUGGAUCCUCUCGCAAUGGAGAACACUGUCCUUGAAGGAGAAGUUCAAGAAGCAGCAUGUGGACCACCCCCUUCUCGUUGCCCUCCCGUUGAUUAAACAGACUCUGGAGUCGUCCUUCUACGUCUUUAUUGCUUCUGGGAGUCUCCGCUUUCCCAUCUCCGUCACUGAGAUGGAGACCUGUCGCAGGUCUAUACAGCAUGUCGUGUUUUCGACGCAGUACACCAACAACGAGCUCAGCAAGUGUAUCCAGGCCCCAUUCUGGCUCGCUGCAUACUACGCCGCCGUUGACCGCACCACUUCCGACACUGGUGAUGAUUACGAGGCCGUACGCGUUCCCGGCGGGAUGGCCGUCGAGAUGCGCAACCUCUCCUACACGUACCCUGGCGCCGCUCAGCCGGCUCUGCGCAACAUCAAUCUUACCAUCGCACCCGGCGAAAAGCUGGCCAUCGUCGGCAUCAACGGGGGCGGAAAGACCACACUCGCCAAGGCCAUCCUCGGUCUCCUCAACCUCGACCAGGAGGGGAUGCUCCUGUACAACGGCCGUCCUGCCGAACAGUACAAUUCCAAGUCGCUGCACGCCCGCAUGAGCUGCAUCUUUCAAGAUUUCUCCAAGUACGAGCUUCCUCUCGCCGAGAAUGUCGGUGUGGGCGAGGUCACCCUCAUGGGCGACCAGGCUGCUCUCAAGAAGGCGAUUGGGCGCGCGGGUGCAAAGGGCGUGCAGCGUGCGGGCCCGCCCAACGCCAUCCUCGUUCCGUACAAGAAUGUCAAGCGGACGUUUGGGGGCGGCGAGACUGCUACCACCGAGCGGUACGGAGGAAGUACGCCAAGCGACAAUGUCAGCCCUGUGAUCCGCACGGCCGACACCGCCGAGACCUGUGAAGACACCACCCCGGCCCAACACACCAAUGGCGACGACCACUCGCACGAGGUCAACGGCGCCGUCUCGCACCUGGUCGGCGACACUGUCGAUCAAGCAGCCGCGCCACCCAACGACCAGGUGGGUGCGCUAUCCACGAUGAGCGAGUCGGACAGCUGUACCCCUACCACCGAGACCGCUUCCACCGUUGAGUCUGACGACGUCGACACCAACAGCGGGUCCGAUUGGGACUCUGACAGCGACUCUGCCAGCGACUCAGACGUCGACUGCACCACCAAAUCGGCUGCUAUCAACGGCGAGACGGCGACUCCAGUUCCAGUCAACGGUGCUGCAGACUCCCAGGAGCAAGUCGCGUCCAAGGACCAACAGAACGGCAAGGACUCCGAGGCGGCCGCUGCUGCCCACACCGCCACCGAGACCACACAGAAGCCCAAGAAGAGUGGCAAGCGCCCCAAGAUCCCUACAGUCGGCCUCUCCGGCGGCCAGUGGCAGCGCGUCGCGCUCGCGCGUGCGUUCAUGCGCGCCGAGCGCGCCGACCUGAUCGUCUUUGACGAGCCCUCGGCCGCACUCGACCCCGAGGCCGAGGUGCGCCUGUUCAACCGCAUCCACUCGAUCAGCGCCACGAAGAACGGCAAGCCGCCGACCGCCACGACGGUGUUCAUCUCCCACCGGCUCAGCAGCGUGCGCCGCGCCGACAAGGUGGCCGUCAUGGCCAACGGGACCAUUAUCGAAUAUGGAACCCACGACGAGCUCAUGGCCCAGGGCGAACGCUACGCUGACAUGUUCACGAUGCAGCGCAAGGGCUUUGACGGGCAGUACGACUGA